AUGGCUUUUUUAGUUAAAAAGAAGAAAUUCAAAUUUCAGACGCAUUUUACGUUAGAAGAGCUGACAGCUGUACCCUUUGUCAACGGUGUCUUGUUCUGCAAGAUCAGGCUAUUGGAUGGGGGAGACUUCGUCACAUCAUCCUCCAGAGAAGAGGUUCAUGAGAACUGCGUCCGCUGGAAGAAGAGGUUUUCCUUUGUGUGUAAAAUGAGUGCCAACCCCACCACGGGCGUUCUAGACACCUGCAUCUGUCGCGUGUCCGUGAGAAAGGAACUCAAAGGAGGAAAAGCAUACUCAAAGCUGGGCUUUGCUGAUCUGAACAUGGCGGAGUUUGCUGGCUCAGGCUCCACGGCAAGAUGCUGUCUACUGGAGGGUUACGACACCAAGAACACGCGACAGGACAACUCCAUUCUGAAGGUGACCAUUGGAAUGACCCUUCUCUCUGGAGAUCCAUGUUUUAAAACCCCCCCGAGUACUGCCAAGUCCAUAUCCGUGCCUGGUCGGGACCACUCCCUGCAGCUGGACUGUAAAGGAGAAGGCACUGCUGAAGUCACUGUACCCCGUCUGACGAAAACCCCGAGCCUCCAUCCUGAAGUAAAUGUUAUAUUAUGCUCUACAGGACUGUCAGAGGAGGGUGAUCAGAGCCAGUCCAGCCCAGACGAAUCUUUCCGUACUGGACACUCGCGAAACUCCAGCUAUGCUAGCCAGCAGAGCAAACUGUCAGGCUACAGUACUGAACACUCCUGCUCCUCCAGCCUCUCUGAUCUUACUCACCGCAGAAACACCUCCACGGGCAGCAGUGCAUCGGGAGGUUUCAGUCUGAGCACAGAUGCUCCCUCAGAGGGGGAGAUCCGCUCAGAGAGACCCCCUCGUCCACCGCGCCCCUUUAUGAAUUUUCUCUCUGUGUCCUUCAGGAGAAAGCAGGACUCAGUGGAGAGUCACCCAACCUGGGUGAACGAUACACGAAUGGAUGCAGACGAUAUUGUGGAGAAGAUUGUUCAGAGUCAGAACUUUGCCGACAUCAGUAACAAUGAAGAUAGCAAUCUGAGACUGUUUGUCAGUAGAGAUGGAACAACUGCACUGAGUGGAAUUCAACUAGGAAACAGGGUGUCUGCUGGUGUGUAUGAGCCCGUGGUGAUCGAGAGCCAUUAGAACCCUGGCGGUUCUAAGUGUCUACCUUU